AUGGAAGAUAGGAUGAACAUCCAGGCAGAACAGCGUCAAGACCAUCUUGAAACUUUGAGAUCAAAUAUGGACAUGAAAGCGGAAAAAAUGGUUCUUGAAAGAGGAACGCAGACGGACCGCACGGACCGGGGACUGGAGGAGCAACUGGAGGAUGAAAGAAAGGUUACUGGUAAUGCCUUAGAGAGACAUGAAAAAGAAGGAAGACUUGCACGUGAACUUAGCCAAUUGAAACGAGCUCAUAAGAGGAAGCUACGUUUAUUAGCGCUUAGUAAGAAGAUGGAGGCUUUAUUUAAGCUUUCUACUACAAAAUUAGCUGAAAAGGAGGAUGUGGCAGAACAAGAAAAGCUAGAGAAAUUUAAGAUCCAAGAGAUAAUUGAAUCGGAGAAAAUGUGUAUGGAGGAAAAGGCGGAUAUGAAUGUAAGUUUCAUCCACGCAGAGAAACUAAAGUAUAGAGAAGAACUUCUUAAGCAGAUAAAGGAGGGGAAUCAAAACCAACGAGAUACGCAAAGAGAUAAAAUACUAGAAAAUGCAUUACUAGAACAGACAUUGAGGAAGAUUCGUGAUGAAGACGAAAUUGAAGAAGCUGCACGUUUAGAAAGAGUUUCUAAUGUAAAAAGGGAAACCGAAGGAUUCCAAAGACAAAGAGAAAUUCAGAAACAAAGUGAGAAACUUUCCACAGAAGCCGCAGAAGCUAAAAUCAAAGCAUAUGCAGACGAAAAAGGAAAACAAAAGGUGACUGUAAAAAAAUCUAAAGACAAAGAGCGGGAGGAAAGUAAGUUCGCAGAGUUCACAUCCAAACUUAUUCAUGGAGAGGAGUGGGAGGACCCCCUAUAUAUUCUAGCAGUACAGAUGGUGGACGAAAAAAGCUGGCAAGACAUUCAAAAAUACAAAGACAGAGCAUUAAUGGAAGAAAAAAUAAGGAUUUACUAUUAUUACAGUUGCAGGAAAGACAUUGAAUUAAAGGUACUCGCUAGUAAAUUAAACUUCAAGGAACAAGAAGAAUACAGAAAUCAGCUACUAGCAAACCUAGCUUUGCAGGAACAACUUGAAAUUUCAGCAGCAGGUAUGAAAGACUUGAAGAAGAAAGAACUCCAUGCAAGCCUUCUAAAUCAGAUGAAAGAUAUACAUCGGCGACAAACCUCAGCUCUACUUGACGAACAACGAGAAGAGGAAGACAGAUUGAGACGUAUGUUUAAUUACUUUGAUCCUCAAACACUAUAUGAUUUUGAACUGUUUGAGAAAGUGGUCAUAGCUGCCCUAUCCUCGCCUAAGGGUUGA